AUGCCAUUCUUCAGUGGAGAAGGAAACUUACUAGAGCUGGAUCAAGAGGGUUUCGACUUCAAUAUCCAAUUUGAGCAGCUAUUCUUUUCAAUCAUCCCGUCCGUUUUGUUUAUUGUAACAUCGUUAUGGCGGACAGUCGCCCAAGCGCGGAAGCCCACCGUGGUGAAUGCUCCAAUCUUCCAGCUCAUCAAACUGGGUGCUAUCGUAACUUAUGCCGCGCUUGAGCUUACGCUACUGAUCAUGGUUUCGGUUGGCUCCAUCCGCGUUACUGGCAUGUUCAUGGCCUCCUCGGCUCUCAAGCUUGUAUCCGCUCUAUUCAUGACCGCGUUGAGCUUUAUUGAUCACAGCAAAAGCCCAAGACCAUCCGUUCUGCUCAAUAGUUACUUGUUCUUAACCCUUAUUCUGGAUGCGGCCCAGGCAAGAACACUCUUUCUAUCGUCAGGUGGCCAGCCCGAACUCAUCUAUAGUAGCGUUUUUGGUGCCGCUAUAGCUCUGAAAGUUGGAAUACUACUGCUAGAGGCUCAACGGAAGUCUAGAUGGGUUAAUUGGGAUCACAAAACGCACAGCCCAGAGGAGACCAGUGGGAUCUUCUCUCUCGGUGUAUUCUUUUGGCUCAACCGAAUCUUUUUGGACGGAUAUCGAAAAGUUCUGUCGGUCCAGGACCUCUAUCCUCUCGAUAGCUCUCUGGACGGCAAAUCGCUUCACGAGGAAUUCUCAAGUCAUAUGGAUUACUCCAAACUUAAGGGCGAUAAAUACGGUCUGGUAAAAGUGUUAGCGCGCACACUUAAGAUCCCCCUGCUACUUCCUAUACUUCCCCGUCUGGCACUUCUUGCUUUCACCUUUUGCCAGCCAUUUUUUAUCGAAAAGCUGUUGGACCAUUUAGCCAAAUCUGAAGUCGACGCCAACGUGGGUUAUGGCUUUAUCGGUGCUAGCCUGCUGAUCUACUUGGGGAUUGCAGUUUCUACGGCCCUUUACUGGUAUUUUCAUCAUCGAAUGCGUGCCAUGGCGAGGUCGAUAUUAGUCACUGAGAUCUACAUCAAAGCUACACAAGCUCGCAUCGGAACGGGCGAUGAUAGCGCUGCGUUGACGCUUAUGAGCACAGACAUAGAACGGAUCAACAUGGGCUUCAGGGCUUUACACAAUAUUUGGGCGAGCAUCAUCCAAGCUGCACUCGCCGGAUGGCUUUUGUAUAACCAACUUGGGCCUGUCUUCGUUGCCCCCAUCGGACUUGUCAUGGUCUGCGUUGUUGGAUUGACAAUCCUCAUGAAGUUCGUUGGCCAAUCGCAGCGAGCAUGGAUGGCAGGGGUCCAAAAACGAGUUGGCUUGACAGCUACGGUUAUCGCCAAUAUGAAGAAUCUGAAGAUCUCUGGCCUUUCUGAUGCCAUUGGCGAGUUUGUACAGAAACUUCGUAUCAAAGAACUGGCAGCGGGAGCUCGGUUCCGCAAAAUAACGAUUAUUGCUGCAAUCUUCGGCUUCACUCCAUACUUGAUCAGCCCUCCACUGACCUUCGCAUUUGCACAAAGCACACUCACCACUACGAAGAUCUACACAAGUCUUUCCUAUCUUUUACUACUAACACAGCCACUACAAGAUGUUUUUCAGUCUAUUCCUCAACUAUCCUCUGGACUGACCUGCCUGGGCCGAAUCCAAGCUUACUUAGAGUGUGGCACUCGCCAAGACUUUCGCGAAGUCCUCUCUGAUAUUAAAAGAAAUUCGGAGAAGCCGUUAGGGGUCAAGGCUGCUCCGUUUGAGUCGAAACAAGAAUCAGUACACCCUAUCGUGAUCAGGAACGCAAAGUUUGGCUGGGAAGCGGAUAAGUUUGCCCUAUGUAAUGUGAAUGCUCGAGUGUCUCGGUCCUCUCUCACGAUGGUUGUCGGGCCAAUUGGCUCAGGGAAGAGCACGCUCUGUAAAGCAUUGGUUGGUGAGAUUCCAUAUAGGGAAGGCAGUGUGGUUCUGAGCACUAGAUUUCCUCAUGUAGGAUUGUGUGAACAGACAGCAUUUUUGUCGAACGGAUCGAUCAGAGACAACAUCAUAGGAUUUUCUCAGCUCGACAACGAGAGAUAUGACGAGGUUAUACACGCCACAGCUCUUGGCUUCGACUUCGACACGCUUCCACAAGGCGACAGGACGAAUAUCGGUUCUGAUGGCAUUACGUUGUCAGGGGGUCAAAAGCAGCGUGUUGCUCUCGCCCGAGCUCUGUAUCUACAGACCGAUCUAUUGAUAUUAGAUGAUGUCUUCAGCGGUUUAGAUGCUGAUACCGAGGAACAAGUCUUUCGGCAAGUCUUUGGGCCCAAUGGACUACUCAGGCGGAGGCGUUCUACAGUUCUGUUGUGCACGCAUAGCGUAAGGCAUCUACCAGCAGCGGAUCACAUAAUCGCACUCGACAACGGCCAAGUCGCCGAGCAAGGUACCUUCGACGAACUGAUGAGCAACCAAGGAUAUAUUCAGCGUCUUGGGUUAAAAGACUCUUCUGAAAGUGAUAUAUCAUCCGAAACGACGUGCUCAGACAAAAUUGUUCGAGAACGAAUGCUACCGGUGCUCCAGAAGACGACUACUGACACACCCCUGGCACCAAGCACGAACGUUUCGCGGCAAGUCGGCGAUAAGACAGUAUAUAAGCAUUAUGCGAAGAGUAUGGGACUGCUCUUGGCAGCUUUAAGUCUCGUUUUUGGUGCCCUUUGGGGAUUCUUCACAAACUUUCCCACAAUAUGGCUCAAAUACUGGACAGAUGACGUAUACUCAAAUCAACCGAGUCAAUCUUUUGCUUACUACGCCGGCAUAUAUGCUUUGCUUCAGAUAAGUGCCAUGAUAUCGCUAUUACUCCUUGGCUAUGCUCUCUUUGUGGUCUCUGUGAAGAGAGCAGGUGCCAACCUCCAUCGAGACGCUUUGCGAACACUUAUUCGGGCACCACUGCGGUUCUUCACGGCAACAGACACCGGCGUCGUGACCAACCUCUUUUCGCAAGACCUGAACCUUAUAGACACAGAACUUCCAAAUGCCCUGUUGGACACUAUAUACAGUGUUUUCCAAGGCAUUGGACAAAUGGCUAUCAUGCUUACUUCAUCUCCGUAUAUCGCAAUCAGCUACCCAUUCCUCGGCAUUCUGCUGUACUUUAUGGCAAAAUUCUACCUUCGAACAUCCAGACAGUUGAGGUAUCUCGACCUAGAGGCCAAGAGUCCCCUAUACACACACUUUCUUGAUACUGUCAAAGGCAUCGUAACUUUGCGGGCUUUUGGUUUCCUUUCUGACGAUAUUCAAAAAAACGGUCGUCUGCUUCAUUCAAGUCAGCGACCCGCUUAUCUGCUUUUGAUGAUCCAGGAGUGGCUGAACCUCGUCCUUGCCCUUGUUGUCAUGGUUAUGGCUACAAUCCUGACAACCCUUGCUGUACAACUUCAUUCUAAUUCUGGUUUCACUGGUGCAUCUAUGGUCACUCUUAUGAGUUUCGGUGAGAACCUCUCAGGAAUUGUUAUGUCCUAUACCAAGUUGGAAACCUCCAUUGGAGCAAUAGCCAGGCUCAAGACAUUCAACGAUACUGUUAAGCCAGAGGAUAAAGACGAGGAAGAUCUUGUCCCGUCUGAGCAGUGGCCGGAUCGUGGUAUAGUGGAGUUGAAAGGCGUUUCCGCAAGUUAUGAUGCGGAUGAUCAAACCGAAGGCACGCCACAUCUAGCCCUACGCGACAUUGACCUCACCAUCAAAUCAGGUGAGAAGAUCGCCAUAUGUGGCCGCACAGGUAGCGGCAAAUCCAGCUUCAUCGCCCUUCUACUCAAGCUCCUCAAUCCCGUGCCAGAAGCUGCGAGCAACACGGUGAUCGACAAUACGCCGCUCCAUCGCAUAGACAGAUCUGCCUUGCGUCUACGUAUCAUUGCAGUGCCUCAAGAGGCCGUUUUCUUGCCGGACGGAUCCACCUUCCAGGCUAACCUGGAUCCGUUCGAGGUCUCGACACCCGGUGAUUGCCAGGCCGUUCUUGCUGACGUCGGCCUGUGGAAAUUCGUUCAGGAACGGGGCGGCCUGGACGCCGGCAUGAGCGCAGGAACUUUGAGCGCGGGACAACGGCAGCUCAUGUCGCUUGGUCGCGCGUUGCUAAGACGGCGCUUCCGAGCGCGGAACCUGGGGAUAGGAGGGGGUGGCUCCGAGGGCGGUAUACUACUGCUCGAUGAGGUCAGCUCAAGUGUGGAUCACGAGACGGAACGCGUCAUGCAGGAGAUCAUCAGAGUCGAGUUCAAGAAUUACACGGUCAUCGCAGUCAGCCAUCGCUUAGAUAUGAUCAUGGACUUUGACAGAGUCGUUGUCAUGGAUCAGGGAAAAAUAGUGGAAGUCGGAAAUCCGAUGGAGCUGGCUGGAGACGAAGGGACAAGAUUUGGGGACCUUGUGAGGGCUUCCGGGGCUUAG